ACAUGCCGACAACAAUGUCCGGAGAUUCGACAGUGUUUCUCGCCAUAUACAUCAUCACAUUCCUGAUUGGUUUUCCUAAUACUGUGCUGGCGUUCUGCUUGUGUAUUCGCAAGAUUCAUAGUAAACCUAUCCCCAUUGACAUAUUCAUGUUGAACCUUGCUGCUUCUGACCUCGUCUUCCUCACCUUCUUGCCUUUCAAGAUGAAAGAGGCCACAGAUAACAUGGUUUGGAAUAUGCCCGAAGCUCUGUGCCGCUUGAGUCUGUUUAUGUUCUUUCUUCCUCUUUAUUCCAGCAGCCUGUUCUUGGCAGCAAUCAGCGCUGAGCGCUAUGUGUGUGCAGCAUUUCCAGUGAGGUAUAAAAGUCCAAAAAGAAUCAUUUACACAACAGUUAUAUGUGUUAUCGCCUGGGUGAUUAUUGCAGUAACGUCAGUAUUUAGUUACAAGGCAGCAUAUUCAGAUUCUAAUGAAGUGGACAACACCACUAGUAAUCAUUCUCUGGAGGUGGCACAUCAGGAUUGUUACAUUAAAUUGUCAGAGAAGCAGCUGAGAGAACUGCUCCCUUUGCGUCUCGGGCUAGCAAUCGUGUUUUUUCUUCUACCCCUCCUUAUCUGCUGCUUCUGUUACAUCAGUUUAAUUUGUAUUUUAAUGAAGUGUCCUCUCUUCAAGCGACAGCGUAAACUUCGGGUGGUUGGACUGAUUGUGGGGACUCUCCUUGUGUUUGCCAUUAGUUUUGCACCCUACAAUGCAUCACAUGUGGUAGGCUUCAUCAAAAAAGAAAAUCCAGAUUGGCGCAUGAAAGCUUUAAUGCUAAGCACUUUAAACACAUGUUUUGAUCCUAUUAUAUUUUUCUGUAUCUCCAAGGAUAUGAGAAGGGCCAUCAAAGUAUGUGCAAAGGCCUUGUGCAGUUGUAUGCCUAAUUAAAGCUUUUAGCUUUGUUGUUGUAAACUUAAGAAUGGUAUCACCAAAAUGUCUUCUAAUUCAAUCACACAAAAGAAAUGUCCAAAGACGUAUUGUAACAUUUAGGGUGUACACAUAUGUUAUGAUAUGAGCAGAAAAGGAUUCUAUACUUUGGAAAAAUAUCACUGAAAUAACUGACCUGUGAGCAUCAGACCGAUUUUUGUGACUUUGUUCCAGGAUAUCUGUUGAAAUUAAUUUCACUUUUCAAGAUAUGUACAGUCACCCUGCAAGGUCAUAGACAACAGUAUAGCACAUCUUUUAGAUAGGGUU